ACCGCAGACUCGAAGCACUGAUAAGGUCAGAAGUGACAGCAUGACCUCUGCAGAAUCUACAGAGACAAUUGAAGCACCCGGGCGACAAGAUGUACAAGACUCUCAACCAAUGGAGAACAUGCAGCAAUUCAUGAACCAGCAAGCUGAAAUUCAGCGUGAAUGGACUACAUGGCUUAUAGAAACAAUCAAUCAAAGAUUCACAGAAAUGGAUUGA